CGGAGUUGGGUAAAGAGAGGGAGAGAGUCUGGCUCCCUCACCCCACCUCUGAGGAGUUCUGGGAAGCUUCAUGACUGACUGGAGAGUCGUGGAUCCAGAGUGAGGUGGAGGAGAGUUUGUAACAGCAGCUGUUGUCCAGUGUUGCGAGAGCCCAGUUCUCCUGUUGCUGUCAUGGGCUUCACGGCGGUGCUGCUGUCCCUCCUCCUGGUGUCUCUGAGCUGGUCCCGAGGAGCCAUCAUCACAGGGGCCUGUGAUAGAGAUGUGCAGUGUGGGUUCGGUCUGUGCUGUGCCGUCAGUCUUUGGCUGAGAGGUCUGAGGAUAUGCGUCCCGAGAGGUGUGGAGGGGGACGAUUGCCAUCCCUUCAGCCACAAGGUGCCAUAUCCGGGGAAAAGACAACACCACACCUGCCCCUGUCUCCCCCACCUGGUGUGCACCAGAUACGCUGAGAGCAAGUAUAGAUGUACUGACGACUUCAAAAACAUGGACUAUUAAUGGACGGCCAAACAUUCAGAUGAAGAGAGGCGCAGCAGAAAGAGCAUCAGAGUGAAGAUCUGAACAGGCCGAGGAUCAAAAACAUAUAUUUUAUCUUCACAGGCUGUAAUUCCUAAUUUGUGUACUCUAUGCACUUAAUAUAUAGUUUGUAUAUUCUAUCACUGGCAACACUGGCACUGGCGACGUCAAGGCAACUAACAAGAGCCACAGUCGAUUUAAGACAUAUUUUCCUCAAUGAAAACAUAGUUCAUUGUUUGUAAACCUUAUAACAUUGGCUGUUUAGUGUUCAUGCUCAUCUUGUUUUUAUUUAUCAGAAGAGUAAUGUAUAGAUAUAAUUGCCAAUAAAGGUACAAACACAACAUUGUCAUGUAACCUGGAGUACGUGUGGAUGUUUUUUUCCAUGUUGCUUGAUUACAGAUAACGUAUGUAAUGGGAUGGAGAAAACAAGUGGCUUUAAUCGUAGACUGAUUAUGAUGAAGGUCAUAAUGUGCUUUGGCUUCCACCAGCAGACUCAUGACCUUGCUAUAUGACCACUCUGAUGACCAAAGGCAUCUGACACGGGUCAAACAUUUGAUCAGUGCACAUGUCCUUCACAGGGUUGUUCCACAAGAACAUUUCCAGCAGAGGUUUCAAUUUGUCUUCGUUGAAAUAAUUGACAUUGUUGAGAACAUAAAGAGCUCCAAAGCUCUUAAAUCCCUAAAACAAAAGAGUAACUAAUGAUCCAGUUAUGUAAACUGUGUGAAAUGUUCUGUACAAGAUGGUUUGAAUUAAACGUUUACAGAAGAUGCAA